CAAUAAUCAGCCGAUCUCUCCUUAGACUCCUUCCGUACUACUUUUCUUCUCCGGCGAACUACUUUUCUUCUCCGGCGAACUACUUUCUCCGGCGAGAAACUCUACAACUGGAAGUUUUGGAGAAGAAACCAGCAAGAUCUACAACCGGAGACCAAUCUAUUCUCCAUCCUUCCCGACAGUUGAUAGAUAUAAGGCGGAAAAAGCAAGAUUAAACAAUAUACUUCUUCGAUUCACGGCAGAAAAAGCAAGAUUAAACAAUCUACUUCUUCGAUUCUCUCUCUCUGAAUCUUCAACAGGAAGUUUUGGAGAAGAGAGAUUAAACAAAAUCCAGCAAGAUCUACAACCUGAGAAGCUGAACAAUGAGAAGGGGAGGAAGAAAGCAAGAUUUUCAUUGUCAUCGUAGUAGCUCAUCUCAUGAAGAACAGAGAUGGGUUAAAAAACCCUUAGAAACAACACAGGUGGAAAACUCCAAUUCGUCAUCAAGAUCUCAUGCUUCUUCAAGCUCAUCUGCUUUCGAUUCCAUAUCGCAAUCCAUGAGCUCACCUUCUAAACACCCUCGUGGGAAUACUCAUAGGUAUGGCAGAGGUGGUUUCUCGAAAGGGGUAGGUGAUCGCGAACUACUAGUGGAAGAAGAAGGGGAGAGUUCUAAUAUCAAUUCACAUGGAGAUACAAGUGAAUUGAAUUCUUCAAGUAUUGAAAGAAAGGAUGAUACCGAGAAAGAGGGGGUUCCCUCAUCAGAUGAGGGAUUUAAUGGAGUGAGGGCUGAAGGAUCGAAUUCGGCUAGUAAUGUUGUUGAUAUAGCAGACAGAUUGAGAACGUUGCAGCUUGAAGAUGAAGAAGAACGAGAGAUGCAAGAAGAAUUGUUGGGUGUAAAUGAUCAAUUACAGGAGGAUGAACUACUAGCCAUGGAAUCCAUUUAUGAUGACAAUUUCUCCAUCUUUGAAAGCGCGAAUGGCCUCAAGUCUUUCCAGAUUCGUGUUCAUGUUGAAGCACCUGAAAAAAUUACAUUCACAACAAAUUCUGGGAAUAAUAACGAUAUGUCUUACACGUUCAAAGUUGAAUACAUUCCACCGAUUAUACUAACAUGCUUAUUGCCAAAGUCAUACCCAAGCAAUCACCCUCCAUAUUUCAUAAUUUCUGUUCAAUGGUUGAACUCGAAUAAAAUUUCAGAACUUUGUUCAAUGCUGGAUUCAAUAUGGAAAGAACAAGCAGGACAAGAAAUUGUAUACCAGUGGGUUGACUGGCUGCAAAACUCCGCUCUUUCCCACCUUUGUUUGAAUUCAGAGUUAACUCUUGGUCCUUAUAACAGCGGAUAUGUUGGAGGAGAUAAACGCGCUGUUUCAGGUUCUAUUUCCCCUGAAAGGGAUAUACCUGCAUUGAAGAGAUACAACGAUGAUCGAGUUCUUCAUAUCUUCAAUAGAAAUUUGCACGAUUGCUAUAUAUGUUUCAGUCAACUUGCAGGUUCGGAGUUUGUCAGGUUGCCAUGUCAACAUUUCUUCUGUUUGAAAUGCUUGAAAACUUAUGCUAGUAUGCAUGUAAAGGAAGGAACAUUAAGCAAUCUUAUAUGCCCCGAUACAAAAUGUAAAGACACUAUUCAACCUGGACUGCUGAAACAACUUCUUGACGACGGGGAAUUCGAACGAUGGGAAUCGCUCUUGCUAUAUAAAACACUCCAAGCCAUGUCUGAUGUAAUGGAGUGUCCGAGAUGCGAAACACCUUGCAUACUGGAUGAGGUUCGAAAUGAUGCCCAAUGCUCGAAGUGUUUCUAUAGUUUCUGCACGCUUUGUCGGGACAAGCGUCACGUUGCUGUCGAAUGUAUGUCUGCAGAAAUGAAACUCCGCAUCUUACAGGAGAGACAAGUUUCGGGUGUUUUGAAGGACCAACAAAAGCGUCGAGAACAAGACAUGAUCAAUGAACUCCUUAGCGUGAAGGAAAUCCUUCGCGACGCUAAACAGUGUCCGGUUUGUCAAUUGGCCAUCUCAAGAACAGAAGGCUGCAACAAAAUGGUGUGCUCUAAUUGCGGGAGCUAUUUUUGCUAUCGCUGCAACAAGAAAAUCGAUGGUUACGAUCACUUUGGAGAUGGUUCAUGCGAACUUUUUCCGCAAGAGAUGAUUGAUGAUUGGGAGGGACAAAUGAAUAUCCGUCAAAUAAAUUUCCGUCAAAUAAAUAACCGUGGUAGAAUGGCUAAUGGCCCGACACUAGCUCAAGCUCCCACACUUAACCAUCUAUGCCCUAUUUGUGGUCAACGAAAUGUAAAGGUUGGAAAUAACAAUCAUAUUUUGUGUUGGGCUUGUCAGAAUCAUUAUUGUUAUUUGUGCAAAAGUAUUGUUAAGAGAUGUUCAGAGCAUUUUGGUCCUAAGAGUUGCAAACAGCACACAGAAGAAUAAGUUCACUCCUU